GAAAUUAUUUCUUAGGAUUUAUUUUUGUCCUAUUUCUUAUUUAGUGUGUGGCUGAGGUAUUUAAAUCACUAUACGAUACGAUAGAUAGCAAUAUCAAGUAUUGGCCAGCGUCGUGUCACUUGCGCGAAGGUCCCCGUUUGCGCGUUCAUACACUGUUUAUCAAUGAAACUCCGGUUGAUGCCAAGAGCCUGCUUACUUUGAUGCUAUUAUCCCGAACGAGGUUGCUUCUAAGACUCAAUUCCUUUUAGAUUCCUAGGGCAGCUACUUCGGAUUUAUAUUAGAAAAACUUUUUGGCAAUCAUGGACGAAGUUUUGGAGAAAUUUCAAUCUCUUGGCGAUCAAGAUGCUGACAACACGAAGUCAGAUUUUGAGGGAAUGUAUAAAAACUGGGGCCGGUUGGGCCACCAAGAGGAGAGGAGGAAAGAAAUUCUCGAGGUGCAGAAGAGCAACCGUAUGAGUAAAUUUGAUAAUUCUCGAGAUAUUCUUCAACUUGUUCUUGAAGCAGAAGAAGAGUUUGAUAAAAAACACUAUGGAAAACCCAGAUACAGACCAAGCAUUUAUGUGGCCGGCUUCAACAAGGUGUCAUCCAGAUACAAGAAUGUUCUGAUGAUGUCAGAGUGGAUGGUGGAGAAACCUCAAGACUUUAAUGAGAACUGGCUUGUGGUGCCUUGUCCUAAAGGAGUCCGGCUUCUAGUUGUAGCUAGCAGGGGAAUCACCAAGUGUUACACAAAAUAUGGCCAUUUCAAGAUGGAGAUACGCACAGCAUUGCCGGGAGGCAAUCCAGGAAACCAGAGGGGCCACACGUGCGUCCUUGACUGCUUCUAUGUGGAGAAGAAUAACACCAUGUAUGUUGUGGACAUCUUGGCAUAUAACAGCCAACCCAUGACUGAUGGAGAGACUGAAUUCAGACAUUUCUGGAUACACUCAAAGUUUGCAGAGUUACCAGGACUAAAAAUAAUUAGCAAACAGAAUAAAGCAAUAUUUACUAUUCUACCUAAAGUGCCCUGUGAUGAAAAGUCUUUGAAUGAGUUCAUGAGUAAAUACCCAGCGUUUGAGUGCAACUUUCCGCCGCUUGAUGGGUUCCUGUUUUAUCACAAGAAAGCACAGUACGUGAGCGGAGAGACGCCAUUAGUCGGCUGGCUGUUCCCUUACAUGGUCAACGAGGUCUUAGGAGAAGAAGUCACAGUAAAUCCAAUGUAUUUAACGUUGCGGCCGUUCGACUACACGAACCAGCGAGAGUUCAUAGAGAAAUUUGAAGUGAAACUUGAUAAAAAGAAACCAAAAGGUUUCCGAACAUCGCUCGACAGUGAUACUUCGGCAUCCAUAGCCGAUAUGGAAACCAGCACUCCAAAUACUGCAGACAAUACGGAAAAUACAAUGGAUACCGCAAAACCUAGCGAAGAGUCGCCUACAGAAGAAAAUAAAGAAGAUAUGGACGUUGAUGCUGCUGGAAAAGAAAAAAAAGGUAAACGGCAAAAGAAAAAUACCAAGAAAGACACAGGGAAUCAAAUAUCACUAGAAAUGGAAACUACUUUAAUUGGAGAUGUCUUGAAGGACGAAUAGGAAAGCAGUGGUGAAAAUUAAAGGUCCGUUCACAUAUCCGGCGGCGCGGGACGGCGACGUGACGUGACGCUAGCGGCAACUUGUCGCCUUUGUUGUAAAAAAUCUAAUCCUAUAUGAGACGUCAUAGACAGUUGCGUCACACUAGACGCGAAGUGCGAUGGAUUCCGCGCCACCA